CGGAGCCGUGUGUCGCUGCUGCUCUGUUGAGUCAGAGUGAGAGAGAGAGAGGAUAGGCUCCUUGCCCACCGCAACACCAACUAGAAAACCCAAGAACUGCAGGCAUAAACAAAUGCACGCAUUAUCUUGGCGGAGGACUGGGAGCUUUUUAAUGCGUUAAAAAGACGUUUUCAAUUAGCAGGUUGUCUUGACUGGUCAUUAAUCUUCGCCACAAGUUAAAUUAGCCGGAUUACGAGGGCUGACAAUUAUUUCAAACCCAGCUUGUGUUGCUUCGGGAGUCUUCCAUGUAUUGUGAGUGAAAGAGCGAAGAAAUGACUGAGCUGCGAAAGAGGGGAGGAGGCGGGGACCCUGACAGCACAGAAAACAUCAGUGACAAGGAGACAGAUGGAGAUGACAGACUGGGUCUGUGUGCAGAGGGAGAGGGAGAGGGAGAGGGAGAAGGGGAGGGGGAGGGGGAGGGCGACUUCAAGGCCGACACUCCAGACGCGGUCCCCUCCGUAGACAACACUCCACAGUGUCUCAACAAGGCCCUGGAGGGCCUCUCGUCCAGAUGGAAGAACUGGUGGAUACGAGGGAUUUUAUCGUUAACAAUGAUCUCAGGCUUCUUCCUCAUCAUCUACCUGGGGCCCAUCAUGCUUAUAUUCGUGGUCAUGAGCGUACAAAUCAAGUGCUUCCAAGAGAUCAUCGACAUCGGUUACAGAGUUUACCAUUCCUAUGAACUCCCCUGGUUCAGAACACUGAGCUGGUAUUUCUUGGUCUGUGUGAACUACUUCUUCUAUGGGGAGACAGUGGCUGAUUACUUUGGCGCGCUAGUUCAGAGAGAGGAGCCGCUGCAGUUCCUGGUGCGAUAUCACCGCUUCAUCUCCUUUGCACUGUACCUGUCAGGUUUCUGCAUGUUUGUGCUGAGUCUAGUGAAGAAACAUUACCGCCUGCAGUUUUAUAUGUUUGCUUGGACCCAUGUGACGCUGUUGAUUGUGGUAACUCAGUCACACCUUGUCAUUCAGAACCUGUUUGAAGGAAUGAUCUGGUUUAUUGUUCCCAUCUCCAUUGUCAUCUGUAAUGACAUCAUGGCUUACCUGUUUGGCUUCUUCUUUGGGAGGACCCCCCUGAUCAAGCUCUCCCCCAAGAAGACCUGGGAAGGCUUCAUCGGAGGAUUCUUCUCCACAGUGGUCUGCGGGUUCAUUGGUGCCUACCUGCUGUCUCAGUACCAGUACUUUGUGUGUCCGGUGGAGUACAGCAGCGAGAGCAGCAGGUUCACCAGCCUGGAGUGUGAGCCCUCGGAGCUGUUCGUCAUGCAGGAGUACACCCUACCCGCCAUGGUGCAGAACAUCGUCAGCUGGCGGACGGUGAACCUGUACCCCUUCCAGAUCCACAGCAUCUUCCUCUCGUCCUUCGCCUCCCUCAUCGCCCCCUUCGGAGGCUUCUUCGCCAGCGGCUUCAAGCGAGCCUUCAAAAUCAAAGACUUUGCCAAUACCAUUCCCGGACACGGUGGGAUCAUGGACCGCUUUGACUGCCAGUACCUGAUGGCCACGUUCACGCAUGUUUACAUUGCCAGCUUUAUCAGAGGACCCAACCCCAGUAAGGUGCUGCAGCAGCUGUUGGUCCUGCAGCCAGCGCAGCAGCUUAGCAUCUUUAACACGCUGCGCACCCACCUGCGAAAGAGGGGGAUGCUGCCCCCUGCAGUCAUGGAGGCCCAGUGAGCCAGCACACUGCGGAGUGGAUGUGUUUGCACUCAUGUGUGUCUUUCACUCUCUGUCAGACACAUACUCACACAGAUACUCAUACACAUAUGCUUACACACACACACACACACACAC